ACUGACUGAGCGAGAGGAGGCUGGCUGCUCCUCGCUGCCUUCCACUGAAGCUUUGUGACCAGCUUUUUCCUGCUUCUUGACUAAUUUAUUCAGCCUGGUUCUGGCACGGGGCAGGAAGACGGGGGACGGACGAGAGUCAUGCAACAGUACACCCUCACAGGGAAUGUGGAAAGGUUGUGGCCUCUGGAUGGGCAGUGACCAAACAAGACAGGCAAGAAAAACUUUGUGGGGACUCCUGUUUUUUGUGUGUGACAUUUGAGCCAAGCAUUGUUGGAGGCGCUCUAAGAAAACUACUGACAAGAGGACUGAUGUUUUAGUUUUCGCAGAAACCACAAAGACGUCCGUCCAGGAGAGAGACGAGUAUAUUGUCUUUCUCUGUCUUCGCUCCUUUACAAUAUCACGCCUGGAGGUUGUGUCAGAAUUCUCUGGAUUUCAGGUCACAGAUCAAUUGUUUCAUAAAAGUGCGCGGCACAGAGGCGAAAAGAAGGCUUGUUGUUGGUCAUCCCCACUUCCUUGUAGGGACAUAUUUUUCUUUACCCCCCUCCACCUGCCCUAAAUCAACAUUUUUGCCCUUUUCACCGCUGUCACCUCUGCCUCAACAAGUCAAGAGUGAGUCUGGACUAGAGCUGGCCCAGAUCAGCAGAUAACACCUCGACACUGCACAGGAACUGGUUGGACGGGUUUGGAAGUUGGAGCAGAGGGCAGGGUAGUUUAACCCUGCCUGAAGGAGAACUCACAUUUAUUUCCCUCCCACUUGUCCUUUGGGAGAAAGCAGUCACACACACAGAGAGAGUCAUAGUGACUGGUUAUGCUGAGGGAUACUUUUUAAAGGAGGGCUGUGGGGUGGGGAGAGUCCGUGAGCGAAAGUAAGAGGGAGGGAGAGACCAGAGUGGGAGACAAAGUGUAAUUUAUUGUUUCCUGGGUUAGAGCAGGCUGCACCCUUUUUUUCUCCUGCUUCUCCAGCCUGAACUCUGAACCGCGCAAUGUGUGUGUAAAGUUUUCUCAGGAGCCAUUGAUCAGAGGUCAGGGCGGCAAGCGCAAGGGUGAAAGGCAAGAACAGAGAGAGCGGCUAGAUUAAAGGAGUGCACCGGGAAGAUCGCCGGGUCAAUCCCAACAGACGUCGAGGAGGGAAAGGUCAACGCGGAGACAAGUCUUCAUCCCUUUCAGCUACAACCCUCGCUCUUUGCUCACUUGGCAGACUUUCAAGCAUAUAGUUUAAAGCCGGGGCAGGUCAGUGCAUGAUCCACUUACAGGCCGGCCAGGCUUCGAGAAUAUGGCCAUGGUGAGCGGGGGAUGGGGCAACCCAAACGGGGACACGACGGGACUUGGGGAGAAGGGUUACCUGCGGGGGGAGGAAGAGGAGGGCUCGCCUCAUGCCGGAAGCAGCGACGUGGAUGUCGCGGACGAGGACAAGGCAUGCGUGGUGGAUUGUGUGGUGUGUGGCGACAAGUCUAGCGGGAAGCACUACGGCGUUUUCACGUGUGAGGGCUGCAAGAGCUUCUUCAAAAGGAGCAUCCGACGCAACCUCAACUACUCCUGCAGAUCAAACCGAGAAUGCCAAAUCGACCAACACCAUCGCAACCAGUGCCAGUACUGUCGACUCAAGAAGUGUUUCCGCGUUGGUAUGCGCAAGGAAGCUGUCCAGCGUGGGCGCAUCCCUCCAUCCCACUCAGGUAUCAGUCCCAACUCCCGGGCAGGCGGAAUGGGAGGCAUGUUGCCAAGUCACCUGGGAGCCGACUACUUCAACGGGCAGCCCGUGUCGGAGCUCAUCUCUCAGCUGCUUCGGGCCGAGCCGUACCCCAACAGCCGUUACGGGAUCCCCUACGGCCAGGGGCAGAUGGGGGCCUCCGCCAGCGGGGCGCCCGUCAUGGGCAUCGACAGCAUCUGUGAGCUCGCCGCUCGCCUCCUCUUCAGCACCAUCGAGUGGGCCAGAAACAUCCCAUACUUUCCCGAGCUGCCCGUUUCUGAGCAGGUGGCGCUGCUGAGGCUGAGCUGGAGUGAACUUUUCAUCCUAAACGCCGCCCAGUCCGCUUUGCCUCUCCACAUGGCGCCCCUGCUGGCAGCGGCCGGCUUCCACUCGUCCCCCAUGUCGGCGGAGAGGGUGGUGUCCUUCAUGGACCAGGUCAGGGUGUUCCAGGACCAAGUGGACAAACUCAACCGACUGCAAGUGGACACGGCCGAGUACAGCUGCCUCAAAGCCAUCGCUCUGUUUUCACCAGAUGCGUGCGGUCUGACCGAUCCGGCCCACGUGGAGUCCCUGCAGGAGAAGGCCCAGGUCGCCCUGACCGAGUACGAGAGGUUGCAGUACCCCAACCAGCCUCAGCGUUUCGGCCGCUUGCUCCUUCGCCUGCCGGCUCUGCGGGCCGUGCCGGCCAACCUCAUCUCGCAGCUCUUCUUCAUGCGGCUGGUGGGAAAGACGCCCAUCGAGACGCUGAUCCGAGACAUGCAGCUGUCGGGGAGCUCCAUCAACUGGCCCUACGCACCGGGGCAGUGAAUCCUGCAGGGGCCAGAGUGGGACACAGAGCUGCAAAAAAAAAAAAAAAAAAGAUGGAUGAAAUCACUGAAACAAGAGGUCAUAGGUCAAAGUAUUUACAGCACGGGUCCCCAGUUGAUCUCUUUGUCUCACUCUGGACAAAACUGAAAGGCCAUGUGCACAAACUACCUCCUCCAUUAUCAGCCCUUAAUGUGACUCCUGUAUGUGUUUUAUGCUUUAAAUCCAAAUGAAGCCAUAACAACCGCGUUGUGCUGACUGUAUGAAAGUAUGGAUUUUAUUUGUUACCAGUUGUAUUGUAUCACCCAAGUCACGUGACUCUAGUGUGUAUUACACAAUACGUGCUACACGAUUAUUUAUGCUUUAAUUAAAGCCACCCCCGUGAAGCAGUUGCAUAUUCACGAUUUGCUGCCCCCAAGCGGCCGAAAUAUAAAAUACACUUCCCCCCACCCCCACAGUGACUUUACCGCACAGAUGCAGAAACCACAGCAUGACUUUUCUUCAUGUGACAUCAUUACCUCAUGUUAUAUAUUGCAUAAGAAGAUUGUUGACUCAUAAAGGAAGGUUUAAAGAAUGUAUCAGGAAUAAUCUCCCACAGGUGACCUCUCUAGUGAUUAUUUGAAGUGUACGCCAUACAAGAAAAAAGGUACGAUCCUUGUUGUAUUUCUUCUCUUUUUGUUGUUUAAUGAGCUUGUUGGACCAUUUGUGAUGCAUCGUGUGGAAACAUGGCCUUAAAGACGGUACAGAAUGAGAAGUGUCGGCACUUGUUGGUACUAAAUGCUGCAAACUUCGUCUUGCCAAGUCUUUUUCUGCACAUAUAUACUAAGAUACACACACAGUCCUAAAUGCAGUGGUGUGCUGCAAGGCCUUCACUGCUGGCCUAACAUAAAUC